AUAUGCUGGAGGAGAUAUUCUUUUCCACACGGAAGCUCCGUGAACAAUUAGUUUACGGAGGAGCGGCGCAAUCUCAAUCGUUUAUUUGCGUAAUCAAUUGUUGAGAUUCGUUUUCAAUUAUGAUCGAUCACAAUUAACUCUUUCCCGAAAAAGUUUCAUUCACGUCUUGAACGGUCACGAUCGAGGGCCUUGAACAAGUGUUAUAAGCACCUGCAUAAAGAAGAUUUUAGCAUGUAUCAUCAGCUUGUCAUUUGGCACUGUUUUAUUUUGGUUCAGAUUGUCACUUCGCAAAAAAAAUCUCGCGCAUAAUGGCCUCCCUCCAUUGCUGUGCCUGUGGUCGUCCGUUGCCGUCCGUUCUAGGGUUCCGCCGUCCCAAUUGUAAACCCUCCACCACCGUCCCUGCGCUUGGAGCCAAUCUCCCUCCUACCCCUCCAAAUUUGAGGUUCAAGAAUGCUGCAAGAUUGCAAGUGAGGCACAGAUCAUUUGUUGUGUUUGCAUCGAACACUAACCCUCCAGAUCAAGGCUCUCUCAAAGGGAAAUCGGAUGGGGCUGCAACCAGUGAUGGCCACCAUGGUCCUCCAUUUCUCACUAUUUUGGCCGGUGUCGUAGUCUUUCUUGUCUUAUUUUGGAUCAUUGGAUCCAUUGUAACAUGGCUGCUUAGUCUAAUUUUCAAUUUGCCAUCUUCUAAAUAGGCUUGUAUUUUCACCAUCAUGUACAAAACCUAGAAUAAAUUGGUAUGUGAUCUUAUUGAAAA